AUGCGCAAGGUGGAGGACGAAGUUGAUUCCUCGCACGCUCGAUCCAUCUCGACACAGCCAGACACCCCAGAGGAACCCAUCAUCGCAGUGGCCCCUCCGCCGAAGCGUAUCACUAAGCGCGACCUGAACAAGCAACGAGCGGAUCUCGCGAAUUGGGACCGCUAUGUGAAGGCUCAGGAAAAGAUACGCGAAAGGCAACAGAAGGUGCUGGAUAUGCGCGAAGAACAACAGAGGCAAGAGGCGCGACUGGUAGCCAUGGGCCCUCUUGUGCCUGUGCCCCAUGGAUCAUCGUCCUGGGACCCGUCGUGGUCGCAGGAAGGAAGUACUACACUAGUACCACCUGCUCGAGUUCCGUCUCCGCAGCCGACGGAGUUUUCGAUAGCUCCAAGCACCAUAACCGGGCUUAGAACUCCAAGGAGCGCAGCGUCUUCUACAACCACGAAAGAUAAAGUGCCGCCGCUACCCUCUAUCUCUCCAUUCACUGCCAAGGACCUUGCAGACUGGAUGCGUUUUAAGAACCAGAUGGUGGUGCAUUUCCUACGUCAUGAGACCUUCUACCAGCUAGACCGAAGAAGGGUCGACGCAGCUGCGGGGCUUCUAGAUGAAGAGAGAACGAGCCAGUGGUUAAACUACCGAGAAAACCUCGCUCGUGAGAACCUCACCUGGCGAACCUUUGAAGAUUGGGCUACCUCUCUUGUUGCAGACCCCAAUAUGGUAGCGAAGGACAGCGUCGACGAAUGGUACCGUACUAAGCAGUACAAGAACCAGAGCGUCACCGAGUACUCCACUAAGCUAGUGCAGCUGGAGAGACUCAUGCGGCCGGAACGCACGCGUGAACAGAAGAUUGAGAGGCUAAGGUCGGGUCUUGUCGAGGAAAUUAGCGUGGAAGCUCGCAAGUAUGUCAAUAAACCAGCAGAAAGCGACGCGUACAAUGCCUGGCUGCGUUUCUACGAAAAGAUCGAGAAGCAACUCCCGGAAAGGCAGACUGCUAUCAAGAAGAAGGAGCACACCUCAUAUCAGCCUGCUGAGAGGCCUUCGAACCCUCAAGACCAGCACAAGAAUGACCGCCAGCACUCCGUCAAAAAGGGUCGUGGAGGCUUUAAGGGGUCGUCCAACCGACCACCGCGACCAGAGGAAGUGCCUAACACGGGUGAAAAGAGGAAGCGGGACGACGCGGAAGACAGGAAGCACUGCACACAUUGCAAGCUAACUGGACACACUGAGGAUGUCUGCUACAGGAAGCAUGGAUUCCCUGCAGACUGGCCUCACAAGUCAAAAAAAUAG